GGUAGAUCUGGAAAACCAAGGAAGGACUCAUUACACCAUGAAAUUCACCUGUACCCUACUCAUUAUGGGACUGUGCUAUGUGGCACCUUUAUUCUGUCAUAGCCAAAUUGACCUCCUGGCUCUGAACCAAGCAGAUCCACAAUGCUGGGAAUCCUCUUCAGUGCUCCUUUUGGAGAUGAGAAAGCCACGCAUUUCUGACACUGUGACAGGAUUUUGGGACUUUAUGAUUUACCUAAAGUCAUCUGAGAACUUGCAACAUGGGGCCCUUUUUUGGGACCUGGCCCAACUCUUCUGGGAUAUCUAUGUAGACUGUGUGCUUUCCAGGAACCAUGGCCUAGGAAGGAGACAGCUGGCUAGAGAUGAAGAGAAACUCUCCACAAUGCAUGCACAGCACACAGGAAGUUCAUAUUCUCAGUUCUUAAGAGCCCCUCUCCUAAAGAAGAAAGGAUUGAUUGAAGAUCUGAUAAGCAUCCAUAUGCAUAAGAGUGGGUCUAGAUUGGUUGGAAGAGUUACCAGUGACCUGGGAAUAAAGAGAAAAUAAAUCUAAUAUUAGAUUUAAACCUAGUGUAAUUAAAAAAAUAUAUACCUUUUUCUUGUACGUAGUUUCAUAUUGUAUCUGAUUCUUUCCCUACAUUGGAAACGAGUGCUUUAGAAGUUUCUUUAUUUACUUCACAAGCUACUAGGGCUAUAGAAUCUAGAAUUAGAAGAAAUCUUAGAGAUAUAGUCCAGCUUUCUCAUUUGCCUGGUGAGGAAGCCAAGGCUCAAUGAUAAUCAUUUGAACCUAGGUCUUUUGAUCUAGGGUAGUUAGGUGGUACAGUAGAUAAAGCACUGGUCUUGGAAUCAGGAAGAUUCAUCUUCAUGAGUUCAAAUCCAACUUCAUAUAUUUACUAGUUGUG